AUGCACUUCCCAGCGACGAUGCAGCGAGUGCACUUCCGACAUCAAGGUUACCAAAUCGAUUGCUUUCGCACUUCCGUGGAUUCGAAUGCAACCCAUAAUAAACUGUUCCGGGUCAAUCGUACCAGUUUUAUCAAAGUCCAGCAAGUCAAAGAGUGCCUCCGCCUCAUGGGUAGUAAGGUUCAAUUCCUUGAAAUAAGACUGGACGAGUGGCGACGCCAGUUUGUCCCUGAACUGUUCAAGGCUGAUUUCGCUGCGAUCAUCACGGUUGAUGCUGGCCACCAGAUCAACAAGCAUGUUGACAAGAUCCUGCUUGUCCUCUUGGCUGCAGCUCCUCAGAGCGGCGUCCACGAAAACGCCAGUAAUCCGCCGACCCCAUUUUUUAAACAAGCAAAAGGGUUGAAGUGCGAUAUACUGAUUGAUGACCGAAACGCACAUUUGACGAUCAGCGCACUUCAAACGAAAUGA